GCCCCUCACAGCCUCCUGAACACGGGUGUCUAGUCCACAGGACCUGACUUCGUAGACAGUUGGCUCUGCGUCCACAAGCGACCUCUCCUUCGCAGAGAAAGUUGUGGAAACUUGCGGAAAGACAGCUUAAUUCAAGGGGUCCAGAUUUUACAGCUGGACAGUUCAGAAAUGAUGAAAAUACAGCAUCAGUUUUUCAAGAUCACUACCUUGAUUCAACAUGGAGAAGGGAGAAUGGCUAUCUUCCUUGGACUCUGGAUAGCACCAUCAGUGAUGAGAACAGAGCUGUCAUUGAGAAAAUGCUGUUGGAAGAAGAGUAUCCUUCAUCGAUUGUGAGAAGAGUAAAGGUUUCAGGGUUAAAAAUAGACCAAUGCAGCCAGGUGUUGGUGGUGCACGCCUUUAAUCCCAGCACUUGGGAGGCAGAGGCAGGUAGAUCACUGUGAGUUCGAGACUAGCCUAGUCUACAGAGUGAGUGCCAGGAUAGGCUCCAAAGCUACACAGAGAAACCUUGUCUUGAAAAACCAAAAAAAAAAAAGAAAAAAAGAAAAGAAAAAAGAUCAAUGCAAACAUUAUGGAAGAGGCCACUGUAAUUACUAGAUGACGUUUGGUUACAGGUAUUGAUUGUAUAAUUUUAUGUCAACUAUCUAUGCACAAAGUAGCAUCUUUUACUGUUGUUACGUCAAAUGAGAGGAUAUCAGUAAUUUCAGAAAAUUCAAUAAAUCAAAAAUUUCUAAUUUUCUGGCUUUUAAUGAUUACUAACAAAUAGUGGCUUAUUUUUAACUUUUCCAUAUGCAUUUUAUGGAUCUCUGUUCACUGUUAUUAUUUAUGUAUGUGUUUUUGUUUGCAUGUAUGUCUGUGAACCUCUUAUGUUCCUGGUGCCUGUGAAGACCGUAAGGUGGUUAGAUCUUCGGGACCUAGAGUUACAGACCAUUGAGAGCUGCCAUGUGGUUACUGGAAUCAAACUCGGGUCUUCUGGAAUAGCCAUUAGUGCUCUUUAAUCACUGAACCAGCUCUCUCUGCCCAUUAUUUAAUUCAGAAUUUCUGCUAUUUUAUUCCCAACUGAUUCUGUUAAUUUAAGAAUAUUUUCUGUGUCUUGAGUUGACAUUGGUUAACCCCUUACUCUGUAACUCCAAAUAUUGCCUAGAUUGUUUUUUUUUAAUGAAAGGCACAUGUAAUCUCCAAUUUCCUUGUAGCCUCAUUUAAAAUAAAAUAAAUGAGUUUUUAUGGUUUUUUUACACAUUAUUUAAAAUAUCAGCUUAUAUGAAAUUUUUUUUUCUUUGUGUGUGUGUACCCACACACAUGCUGGACAUGUUUGUAUGUGCAUGUAUGUCCAGAGCCCAGAGGUUGACUUCAGGUGUUUUCUUUAUUCGCUCUCCAAGUUAUUUUUUGAGCGAGGAUUCUUAUGAACCCUGAAGCUCACGGACUUGACUGGCGAGCUAAUCCAAAGCUCUUGGGAUCCACCUGUGUCUGCCUCCCAAUGCUGGGAUUAUGUGUUCACAAAACUAUGUGGAUCCUAGUGUAGUGAUAACAUUAUUUAUGAUUUAUUAAAGCUUGACUGGGGAUUCAGACAAGCAAAGUCAGCCACAAGCUAUAGAAGCCAGGCAUACACCUUUAAUCCCAGCAGCCAGAAGCUAGGAGGUAGUGGUACACACCUUUGAUCCUUAGACUCAGGAUGAACAGAUACACAGAUCUAUACAAGAGUGAAUCAAUCUAAAAGAGAAUUAUAGCUCACACCUUUAACCCCAAUAUUGGGGAAGUAUAUAAGACAGAAGGUAUGUCUCAGAGAUUCAUUCAUUCUCCAGCCACACUGAGGAGAGGCAUCAGUUUGAGACCUGGUGAAGAGCUAGUCCGUGGAUCAGCCCUUUCAGCCUGAGCCGGAGGUGAGAGCAGCAGCCGGCUGCUUUGCUUCUCUGGUCUUCAGGUUGAAGUUUGAACCCCAGUAUCAGUCUCUGGGUCAUUUUAUUGAUUUGUUUUUACGUCCUGGGAUCCUCAUUUAGAUUCUUAGGAUUAUUGAACCAUGUUCCCAGCCUCAAAUGAAAACAUCAUUAAUGUCUCAUACUAAGUCUUUGGAAUCUACAGUACAUUUUAUUUUAGCACUGCAUCUCAGUUAAUUCUAGUUGUGUUCUAAAUGCUUGAUCCACACAUGUGAUUAGUGGCCACCAUACUGAACUGUGCAAUUCUAGGUUAUUGAAAACUCAGGUAGCCAUUUAUUCAUUUCCAGAUGUAGAAACAGGUAGCAUUUAGACUCUAAAUAUAUUUUAGAGGGUAAGCAGAACCUUUAUUAUGUUUAUAUAUUGUCUGUAGUACAUAGCCUAACAUAUGACAUGUAGUUUAUUUGUUAAAUAAAAGACUAGUUCACACUUAAGGAAUAGUUUCGUAGCUGGCUAGUUGCAGCAAUGCCGAGAGGGUGUUUCUUGACAAAUUUGAUGUUAUUUGUAAUAGCGUGUAGAAGAAUCCUGAACUCUUAAAAAAUACGGAAACACUGGUUCCCAAAUUACUAUUUUAGAAAAGAAAAAGAUUGAAGUUCUUUCUCUUAGCCAUUUGUGGUAGAGAAGAGAAGGUAAACCAGCAUUGCUGCGCUUCAGGAAUUGUGUUGUGUGUUUCAGUGUGUGAUCAUUCCUACAGGCAACAUGUAAAGACAGCAUGGACUUACAGCCCUGGGCAAGCUUCAAGGGUAUUAUUUGUCUAAUAAAUCACUUCCAGGAAAAUUCUGGGUCAAUCAAAAGGAAGAUGAUAAAAAAUACACCAACAGCCUGCAGAAAACAGCAAAAAUCAUGGUACAUUCUCCUACAAAACCAGCCAGUUAUUCAGUAAAGUGGACGAUAGAAGAAAAAGAACUGUUUGAACAAGGACUGGCUAAAUUUGGCCGAAGAUGGACCAAAAUCGCAACACUAGUUGAAAGUCGCACAGUUUUGCAAGUGAAGAGUUAUGCCAGACAAUACUUUAAAAAUAAGGUAAAGUGGGGUGUGCAGAAAGAAACACCAACUCAGAAGAGCAGCAGUGAUCUUCAGGUUAAAAAUAAAGAUGAAAGGACAAAGGUUUGGGCAGCAUCAUGUUUAAGGGGGCGUGCUGAUCCUAACUUGAAUGCUGUAAAAAUUGAAAAGUUAUCUGAUGAUGAAGACGUAGACAUCACAGACGAACUGGAUGAGUUGACUUCUCAAUCGCCACAAAAGAAUUCUGGCAGCCAUCUUACUUUAGACAUUCCCAAUAGUAAAACUUGUAAAGCCAACCAAGGAGAAUUCAUAUGCUCAAAAGGCAUGUUAGCUAAAUCUUCUGGGGAGUAUCUUCAGAAUGUGGAGCAGAGUGAAGCAGAAGCAUGCUCAAGCUCAGAAAUUACAUUGGGGGCUAUACAACAGAGCAAUAAUGGCAAAAACUCAGUUGAAUUUAGUGAGAAGUCCAGCAAACUAGUUGAAGAGUCUGAUGUGCAAGUUGGAAAAGAAAUAACAGAUGAAGCGAAGCACUCACCUUCUCCAGAGUCCUAUGAGAGUCAGCAGGAUUCAAGUGGAAGCGAAAUGCUUUUGCCUCCUUUUCAGAUGGAGGAGGAAAACCAUGAGGCAGAAGAGCUUAAGCCACCAGAGCAAGAAGUGGAAAUAGAUAGAAAUAUCAUUCAAGAAGAAGAAAAGCAAGCAAUUCCUGAAUUUUUUGAGGGGCGUCAAACUAAAACACCAGAACGCUAUUUGAAAAUUAGAAAUUACAUUUUGGAUCAGUGGGAAAUAUGCAAACCGAAAUACUUAAAUAAGACCUCAGUACGUCCUGGCCUGAAGAACUGUGGGGAUGUUAAUUGUAUUGGACGGAUUCAUACAUACCUCGAGUUGAUAGGAGCAAUCAAUUUUGGAUGUGAGCAGGCAAUAUAUAACAGGCCACAGCCAGUUGAUAAAGUACGAGUGAGUGACAGAAAAGAUGCAGAAGCAGCAGCAUACCAGCUUGCCUGCCGCCUACAGUCUAUGCGUACAAGGAGACGUAGAGUCCGAGAUCCAUGGGGAAACUGGUGUGAUGCAAAAGACUUAGAAGGGCAAACAUUUGAGCAUCUGUCUGCAGAGGAAUUGGCAAAAAGAAGAGAAGAGGAAAAGUGCAAACCUACUAAAUCUUCAAAAGUUUCAAAAUUAACAAAAAGCUCACUUGAUCCCUUCCAACUGAUACCUUGUAAUUUUUUCAAUGAAGAAAAGCAGGAGCCGUUUCAGGUGAAAGUGGCUUCAGAAGCACUUUUAAUAAUGGAUUUGCAUGCUCACGUGUCUAUGGCGGAGGUGAUUGGGCUAUUAGGAGGAAGAUUCUCAGAGUCUGAGAAGACAGUUGAAGUCUGUGCAGCAGAACCGUGUAACAGUCUGAGUACAGGACUGCAAUGUGAGAUGGAUCCUGUAUCACAAACACAGGCCUCAGAAACCUUGGCUCUUAGAGGCUACAGUGUUAUUGGGUGGUACCAUUCUCAUCCUGCAUUUGAUCCUAAUCCGUCUUUACGAGACAUUGACACACAAGCCAAAUACCAGACUUACUUCUCUAGAGGAGGAGCAAAGUUCAUUGGAAUGAUUGUUAGUCCAUAUAAUCGAAGUAAUCCUUUACCAUAUUCCCAGAUUACCUGCUUGGUUAUAAGUGAAGAAGUUAGCCCAGAUGGUACCUACCGUUUACCUUACAAAUUUGAAGUACAACAGAUGUUAGAAGAACCUCAGUGGGAAUUGGUGUUUGAAAAGACAAGAUGGAUAAUUGAAAAAUACAGGUUUUCUCAUAGCAGUGUCCCCAUGGAUAGAAUCUUUCGCCGGGAUUCUGACCUAACUUGUUUGCAGAAACUUUUGGAGUGUCUAAGGAAAACACUAAGCAAAGUAGCCAAUUGCUUCAUCGCUGAGGAAUUCUUGACUCAGAUAGAAAAUUUGUUCCUUUCCAAUUACAAAAGCAAGGAAGAAAAUGGGCUGGCUGAAGAAAACAGUACAAAGGAGUUGUUCAUGUAACUAUUUAAAAUGUCUACAUGCUUCGGCAGCUGCAGAUGGCCCCAGUGCUGACCUUGCCAACCUUGGCCUCUUGACCAUAGUUAGGGUGGAGCCAAGGCCUUUAAAGAAGCACAGAUGAGUGUGGAACGAAGGGGGCAGGCUCCUAAAGAACAGUUUACAGAAGUGGAGGACCGAAGACUCCUGAGACCCUUCAGCCCAACUUCUGUCUUUUUGGAGGACAUAACUGUAAAAUAAUGAUCUUAAAUUUGUUUCCUGUUCUGACCUGGGUAAAUUAAAUUAAUAAUAGUACUCCUUUAUUAGAUUUAGUCUUCUUCAAAAAUAAUACUCAAGAAAACAAAAUCAGUGAAACAAGACCAGCAAGGUAAAACUCCUUGGCCAUCAUUUACCCUCGAACCAUUCUUCUCCAGUCCUUGUUAGUGGCCUGAAGCUCCAUUUCUAGAGUUGGUUUGACCCUGUGCUCACAGUUCAUGAGGUUUUUAGGCCCCAAGCACUUUGGCCAACUUGGACCCCUUCCAAACAAAAUUUAAAUGUUCAUUUAAUAAUUGUGUUUGUAUAAAAUGACAGCAUUCAUAUUUUGGAUUAAAAUAUUCCUUUAAUCUAAAACUUGGAUUAUUUUUACUAAUAAAAUUAAGUCAAAUGCUUGUUAAAUGCCCUGGAAGUCUGAGACACUGUGCCCAGUGGAUGGUUUGCCCUGUCUCUAUUCAGAAAGUGUUGGAAAAAUGCAGUUGGUAUUCUCUGUCCCCUUCCCACCAUCUCUAGGAUAUUUACUGUCACUCUGUCCUGUAUCACUGCAGUUCCCAUGGUCACAGGCCUGUACAUCUGAACUUCAUUCUUUCCCACCCUAGCCAGAAGUCAGGGUAUUGCUUAGCACCAUUCAUUUUUGGGAGAGAGACAGAGACUGGGGUUGGGGAGGGAGGAGGUUGGGUGACAGCAGUUAGAAGUCAAUAGACAGAUUUUUUUUUCAGGUUCCUACUUUUACAGCUUGUGCCAUACCUCCCUUUUAUCUCAAGCCCUUUUAUUCUUCCGUCCUCACAGCUCAUAGGUUUAUACCUAAAGUGAAAGUGAUAAACAGACCCAUUUAGAUUUCCCCGCCGUGGUUUGGUACUGGCCCAGGCUUCUCCACAGAAUAUUCCUCCUCCUGGGCUGAGGGGUAGGUGAGGUCUGUGACAUGCAGGACUGCCAGCACAUUUGGCCUCUUCAGUUCUCAGGACAAAGAAAAUGGCAGCCUCAGCAUGCCAGCCCAAGCUAUCCUGCUUUUUAGAUUGUCUUUUCUGGGUUUGAGUGCAAUGGGGAAGCUGAUAGAACCAGAAUGUCCAAGAGAGUUGUUUUGUUCUGUGCCAGCAGAAGCCACCUAGUUGACCUCCUGCUUUUACCACAGACUUGUAAGUCAUCAGUAGACAUCCAUGUGGGUUUCUUACCAGUAGUAGAGCUAGUCACCCAAAAUACUUCAUCUGGUGUCACACAGUGUGACAUGAAGGAAGAGUACCUUUACAGAAGCACAAAGAACAGCACACAUUUUGAUAAACAUGUACUCAAUCAGUAUUAACAAAUUUAACAAAGACAUUUGAUCUGCCUCUCCACUUUCCUAUUCUUUAAUAAUGCUUUUAUGACUUCAUAUAGUUAGAAUAAUGUGCUGUACUUAGAUUAUUUCCUGACCUUUUCUGAGAAGGUUUUAUAUGUGCUUUUGUUUCUUGUAAUUUUGCUUUCUGGUAUUUCUUCUAAGCUACCUCAUUUCCUUAUUGCCCCCACUAAAUCACAAGAAAAUAAAAGCAUCCUAGAGGAACUUUAAGGGUUUUAAAUGAAACUAAACUUUAAAGGUGAAAUUAACUCACAGCACCUGGGAGGCUUUUAUUUUCCCCCUUUGGUGUUCCUAUUGUAUACUUACGAGUCCCAGGGAAAAUGCCUGGUUUGUUUUCUCUGAGGAUUCCUAGUAGCUUUCUAGAAAUUCAUUGAAUGUUCUCACAGUUCAAAUUCCUAUUUCAUAUAUUAUCAUAAAAUUGAGCCCUGUGUGGUGGCGCACACCUUUAAUCCCAGAACUCCGAAGCUGAGUCUCAGAGUUUGAGGCCAGCAUGGUCUAUAGAGUGAGUUCUAGGAACAGGACUACAUAGUAAGCCCCUAUCUUUAAAACAAAACGAAGAGAAAAAUGUCUGCUUAUGAAUUUUAAAAUUGUAGUUAGAUUUUAGCAUGAUUUGUGUGGAUAAGUCAUUUGCCUUUAAAAGUCUAGAUUAGAGUUGACUUGCACAGUUAUGUGAUAUAUAAGAUAUUGUAUGGCAGUUUAUGAACUUGUUGCUGAUUUCCUACAAUACUAGCCAUUUUUUUGUGAAUUUUUUCACUAGUUUGUAUUUUCAGUGUUCUAUACCAAUAUAAUGAUAUAAAACUAUUUUGUACAUUUAGAUGUUAUGCUACAUUGUAUAUAUUUACAUUAAGGCUAUUGUAAAUAUCAAUGUUUGUAGAAUUAUGAAAGGUUUUCCUCAAAAUAUAAAUUCAUCUUUCCAUACUUGUAACAUAUUAAAAAUACCCAAUUUUAAGCUUUGAAAGCAUAUGAAAGCAAAGGAGAAACAUGCUGUCUAGUCAAUGUAAGUACAAAAUUAAAAAUAAAACAGGUGGUUUUUGGUGUCUUAGUAAA